UAGAAGAAUAUUUUUAGAUCUUUAGAUUUUUAGAUCUUCGAGUUUAUUAUCAAAUUGAUCGCUGUGAGUAUGAGGCAUAAUGGCUUAUCCUUAUGUUGAGGGCUUAAACACACAUAGGUAUAAGCACUGGUAUCCAAAAUUGAGAUAUUUCGACAGCAGUUGGCGGGCAUCAAGAUAAUACGCUAUAACCAAGGAAACCCUGUAGCAUCGUCAAGACUYUUCACGGUUGAGUACUGAAGAAAAAAAAAUGUCACUAGAAAAAUACUCCGUGGAAAAAUUAAUAGGAAAAGGAAGYUAUGGAGAGGUUUUUCUUGCCAAGCACAAGAAGGAUAAGAGAAUGUAUGUAGUGAAGAAAGUAAGUCUUCAUAAAGCAUCCGARAAAGAGCGAAAAGCUGCAGAACAAGAGGCCAAGCUACUUUCCCAGUUACGUCAUCCAAACAUAGUAUCAUACAGAGAGUCCUUUCAAGGCGAACAAGGUUUCUUGUUCAUUAUAAUGAACUAUUGUGAAGGGGGUGAUCUUUAUUCCAAGCUCAAGGCUCAGAAAUCAACGCUUCUGGAUGAAAAACAGAUAGUGGAAUGGUUUGUUCAGAUUGCAAUGGCUUUACAGUAUAUGCAUGAGAAACACAUUCUUCAUCGUGAUCUAAAAACACAAAAUAUUUUCUUGACAAGAAGCAAGAUCAUAAAGCUUGGUGAUUUAGGGAUUGCAAAAGUCUUAGAGAACUCCUCAGACAUGGCAACAACAUUGAUAGGAACUCCGUACUACAUGUCACCAGAAUUGUUUUCAAACAGACCAUAUAAUCACAAGUCUGAUGUGUGGGCUCUUGGUUGCUGUUUGUAUGAGAUGUGUACUUUGAGGCAUGCAUUCAAUGCUAAGGAUAUGAGCUCAUUAGUUUACAAGAUCCUCAAAGGAAAGAUACCUCCCCUGCCAAAGCAGUACAGUGCUGAUCUGUGUUCUAUAAUAAAGAACAUGCUAGAUCAAGACCCAGAUAAACGACCCAGUGUUUCUCGACUCUUAAGACAUCCCUACAUUAAAAAGCAAAUUGCUGCAUUCUUGGAAGGAACAAAGAACAGGUUUAAUUAUUUCUUUCUAUUGCAACUUUUCCUUUCCUUUUGUGGUUUCAGUUCCCAAUCUGUCAGUGAUUCAAAUAAGCUAACGGCAAGAGAAAGACGCCGCCUAAAACAAAGCCUAUCUGGAUCACCUAUCCAUCGCUCUUCAGAUCCGUACAAUACCCCACCUCUCCCCUCCCCCCUGGAAAUACGAAAUAGAAAGUCUCAAGAACGAUCUAGUAAAGAGACUCCACGAUCCUCUGUUACUCCCAGCACGCCACAAGACUCUGUUGACGGUCCUCCUAGGAAAGUUGAACAACAGAUUGAAUCGGAAUCUUCAGAGGAUGAUAGUAAUGGUUCUGAUCUGGAAGAGAUUAGUAUGGAUGAGCCUGUUAAGCCGAGUAGACGUCAAAAUAGUGAAGUGAGCUCUCUGAUAUCCGCACUUGAUUCAACCUUGAAACUGGAUGAUAAAUCAGCUGAUCGUGUGUCACCCGAAAUAGAAGAUAAUGACCAAGACAAUGAUGAAGUAUUACGACCCACAGGAGCUUCUCCCAAUUCAUCAGGAAGAUUUCACGACCGAUUGGAAAGAUUAAAAAUUGACUGUUUAAAUGAUAUCGGGGAAGAAAUGCUUCAUCGUGCUUGUAAUAUCAUUAACUCUGUCAGCGAUGAUGAGGUUGAGGACGAGCUGGUCAAAUACAUGGGACGAGAUCAUUUCGACAAGUAUGGUGGUUUAAUAUGGCAGCUAAAUGUCUAUGACCAUUUUCAAAAAAGCUAAGAGAAAAAGAUAAAUAUAGCUAAACUACCUGUAUAUAGUGAGAAGAUUAGAAUCAGAUAAUUAUAURCCUCAUAGAGAACUACAGCCAGAAAAAGAGCGAUGAGUGCUCGAGUUUGUGUAGAGGUAAUGUACCCACUUCUUACCUAUGGGGUCGCGGGCUCGAUUCCUGGACUCGGGUCACAUGUAAGCAGAGUUCGUUAAGUUCUCUUUUGAUUCGUGAGGUUCUCCGGUUUUCCUCCCUCCGCAGAACCUAACAAGCUAAAUUCCGAUCUGAUCUGUGAGUAGGCCUUGCCCUGACUUUGAUCGGCCCAGAGGUCGUUUCAGGGUAACGAUAAAAUUUGAAAGAUCACGACUGUUAAUUACUCGCGUUACUGACGCUCUCUCGAAGACUGUAAAGACUCCAUGUUGCUAUGGAUUGUGGGAAUGAUUGGGGGAUGCAAGAUAGCGAAGCUUUUGACCUCCACACAUUCAAUCCCACAAUUCAAUGCACAAUGAGGUAGUUCCAAUAUCUUUGAACUUUUCACUGAGGUGAAUAUAACUCAAGCACUGAUGACGUUUCAAACCUACACUUCCAGAAUCCUUUUCGGUAGGUUUUCUUGUUAUGUUAAUUUCCACUAUUAUCUUGUUAAUUCUCAAAAGAGUAUUAAUAUUUAAAUAUGAAAAGAGAUUUUGAAAAGGAUUGUGGUAGUUAAGGUAUGUGAAACGUCAUUAGGGAUGGGGUCUAUUAGCAAAGAGGAUGGGAUGUCGUAGGRCCCAGUCACUAGUACUAGUCGUAUCAUGGUAGUCAUGGCAACAACAAUUUAUAGGCUUUCUUGGGCCCAAGCAGGAGAAAGAUAAGGUUGAUUGUACAGAUUAGAUUUGCAUUGCUAAUUAGUAUGAAUGGUCAAGAAAGUUGGCUCUUAUCAGUUAAACGUGCUUUACUUUUAGACCUUCUUUGCCUUGACUUCACUUAAUAUCAACCAAAGAAUCUUGUAUCAAAAUAUCUGUAUUAAAAAAC